AUGAGGAGCGUAGCAACUUGUUAUAGUGAACAUGCCAUUAAGGUCUCAGAUUCCUAUUGUUCAGGCUCUUCAAACUUGGCCAAUUAUCUCACCCCAAAACUCAACCCUUGUUAUUCAACCCCAAGAGAAGUCACUUGCAUUUACAAAACAAAGCUCUCAAACCAAAACCAAGUCCUCAUGAUCACGCUCACUUGGUUCAGCAACCUCACAGCCGGGAUCAAAGUCGUUGGCGGCGGCGGCGGCGAAAAGGCGAUAAGCUCGGAGACUUUCAAGCGGCUAAAGAAGCAAAAGGGCAACGAGAAUUUCAUUUCAUCUUGUGGUAACCACGAGGUUGAAGUUUUGUGGGAUUUUUCCAACGCCAAGUAUGAAGGAGGGCCAGAGCCGGUUGAUGGUUUUUACGUCAUGGUUUUGGUUGACUCGGAACUUUGCCUGGUUCUUGGUCACAAGGACUAUAUUGCAAAGAAUAAUAAUAGUAAUAUCAAUCUUAUCACAGGAUUUCCAAAUGGGAAAUUCUCCUUGGUUUCUAGGAGUGAGAGGUUGAUAUCUUGUAACGCUUUCUACUCCACAAAGGCUCAGUUUUGUGACGAGGGAAUUCAACAUGAUAUUGUGAGGAGAUUGAGGUGGAAUUUUCGUGGGAAUCAAGCGAUUUUCUUGGACGGAUUGUUGGUUGAUAUGAUGUGGGAUGUUCAUGAUUGGUUCUUCAAUUCGAGUAGUACUUCUGGUUGUGCCGUUUUCAUGUUCAGGACAAGAACUGGGUUGAACAGCAGGCUUUGGUUGGAACAAACGACAGUUUUGGAGCACAAGGAAGAAGCUGCAGGUCAUGAGUUUUCAUUGCUCAUCUGUGCUUGUAAGAAUCCUGACUGA